GGCAGUCAUUAGAUAGUGGAUGGCAGGAAUGGCUCAUCUGAUGCUUCUCCUUUCGCUGUGCAUUGGUGUUACAAUGAGCACAGUGCCCGAUCUGCAGAAGAGAAUUAUCCGAGGUAAACCAUGCGAGCGUCUGUAUCAUGUCAAACUGAGAGUUGCUGAUGGUGGAACUUCCACCUUGUGUGGUGGUUCUCUGAUAAGUGACCAGUGGAUUUUGACUGCAGCUCACUGUUUGAAGCCACGAGGGACUCUGUUCGCAAAUUUACGUGUGGAUCCAGAUGGUCCAGUACAAGAAGUGCAAAUCACAUCAGAACCUGUGAUUUAUACAGACAAAGACGACAAUGGCAACAAGAGGUCCCAUGAUGUCAUGCUGCUGCAGCUACCUGUCCCCUCUGCCAUUCAACCUGUAGCUCUUCCAGACUGUGAAUAUCAUCCUAAAAUGGUUGAGAUCGCAGGUCACGGUGCCACCACUGGAGGCCCUAAUGAUGAAAGGAAACCCAGUCAAUCACCUACUCUGCACUGUGCAGAUAUUGAAGUUGUGAACUGUGAAGACCUCAAAAAUACGUUGCAGAAACAUUUCCAAGAGGUCUACCCAGUCAAGGUGUAUCAGCACUGGUUCUGUGGUCAAACACCUAACGUGGAUAUAUGUUACGGAGAUUCUGGCGGAGGAGUGGUGUACGAAGAUAAGAUUUACGGCAUCAUUUCUUUUCUUGGUGAUCCUAAGCGUGUGUGCAGGAAAGCAGCUGCGUUCAUGGACCUCUGCAGUCCAGAAUAUGCAAAGUGGAUAAAUCAAACUAUUACCUGA